GUGCUCCGCGCCUUCACCAUGGCGGCGCGUCGCUCUCUGCCGGCUCACCACGCCGCUGCACUGGCACUGCUGCUUGCCGCGUGCGCCGUCUGCGCCGCGUCACCAGAUGUUGGUUAUGGUGCUCGUCCUGGAAAGAAACUUGGCACAGGAUCUUAUAGCAGCGCGUCCGCCUCGUCCUCGUCGGGCUCCUUCUCCUUCGGCGGCGGCGGCGGCUUCUCCAGCGCGGGCUCCGACGCCUCCAGCCUGGGCGGGCUGGGCGGCGGCCUCGGGCUGCUGGGGCCCGGCGGCGCGCUGGGCGGCGGGGGCUACACCGGCGGCCUAGGCGGAGGCCUGGGCUCCGGGAAGGCCAUCGGGGGCUUCGGCGCGGGCAACCUCGGGGCGGGCGGCUCCGGGGGCGGCAAGGGCGCGAGGUAG